AUGAUCGACUGGACUGAGGAAUCGAACGUCAACGGAUGUUAUGCCGACAUCCAUGCACUGCAAAUGCCAUCCCAAGGUGUACUUGAUGAUGAUGGUACAACAUCUGGAAAGAUUGGCGAAGAACCGCGAACAAAAAAGAACGUGAAAGCGGGCGUCACUCAGCUUCGACUGAAGGACGAAUGGCCAGGCUCUGACGACCGCUUUGGCCGCACCUUUGCUUUCCCAGCACCAAGUUGUGAAGAACAGCACCGAAAGGAGGAGAAGAAUGGCAGAUUGACCGGUUAUUUAUUAUUAAAAACUCGC